AUGUCCAAAGAAUCCACGAGCACGAACGGGGGAGUCCAUGUCACGACCGAGAUGCUGAUGCAUGCGAGCAAGACGACGUUGGCAAAGGGCGAGUCCACGGAGCAUUACCUCCACCGCAUCACGCACCUCACUCUCAACAACAAGAAGCUGACUAGCAUGACCAACUUGCACCGAUGUACCAACGUCAAGGUUGUACUGUACAUGUACGACAACAAGAUCGCAAGCAUCGACGCGACUCUAUCAUCGCUUCGGCACUUGACGCACGUCCAUCUCCAGCGCAAUCGCAUCUCAAAGAUCGAGCACUUCGACGCCCUCGUCCACCUCGAGAAACUGUAUUUGGACGGCAAUCAAAUAUCCCGCCUUGAAGGCCUGGCCAACUGCACGUCGCUGCAAGAGCUGCACUUGUCCAACCAGGUGGCGGCACCUUCCUCGGGCGACGAGUUUACGUUUGACGAGGAUUCGAUCAUGACGUUGCGGCAUUCCCUGCGCAUCUUGCAUGCGGCCAACUGCAACAUCCGCAACCCCGCACCGAUCCAAGCGCUCGGCCGCCUCGAGUUGUUGGAUCUGUCGCGGAACCACAUUCGUGGCGUCGACGCGGUGUAUGGCCUCGUCGGCAACUUGCGUCGGUUGAAAGACUUGAAUUUGACCAACAACCACGUGAAUGCAACCCCCAAGUACCGCGACAACACGAUCAUAUUCUCCCAUGCGAGCUUGGCUGUCCUGGACACCAAGCCCAUCGACGCCAACCAGCGCGCGACCAUGCAAUCCCACAUGGCGUUCAAACACAAAAAACGCCUCGCCACGGCAUCGUCCAUCAAGACCAAGAUCGACGCGUUCCAAGUCCACGGCAGCAACACGUGGGUCGGCGGGUCUCCGAACCAAGACCAGUGA